AUGUCUUGGUUUGCUGAUCUUGCUGGGAAGGCAGAAGACCUUUUAAACCGAGUUGAUCAGGGAGCAGCAACAGCUCUUAAUAGGAAAGAAAACACGAGCCACAUCAUAUACGACAAAAGUACUGACUAUCCAGAGUUUGGCCAGCAAGACACGCAGUUGGCUUACCAACCUGGAUCUAAAGCAACUUCCAUUUCCUUAGCUGCCGAAAACAUUCGAACUCACCAGGCCACCCUCUUAGCUGGCACUGCCAACGUGAAAGCAGGCUCUCGGAUGCCAGUGGAGGCCUCCUAUCCUGUUGAAAGUACUUCCCUUCCCAAACCUUCGUCCCAGUUUGUCCGAAGGAAAAAGUCAGAGCCUGAUGAUGAGCUGCUAUUUGAUUUUCUUAACAGUUCACAGAAGGAGCCUUCCGGGAAGGUAGAAAUCAGAAAAGAUAGGGUCAGAACACCAGCUCAGCCUUCUCGGACAUCCAACGUCAACUCUGUGAAUGUCAGUGUAACCACCAUCCAAGCCACUGAAGACAGUUCUUCUGGAAGCCAAAGCCAUGAAGCCUCAAGUAAUUCUGAUGCUGGCCCUGAAAGCCAGGAGGAUUCUUCCAAGGAAAAUGUAUCAUCAAACGCUGCCUGCAGUGGCUCCACACUGACAUCUAGUAACGCUGGUCAAUCCCACGAGCUCUCAAGCCUGCGGCUGGAGAACCAGCUGCUGCGGAAUGAAGUUCAGUCUUUAAAUCAAGAAAUGGCUUCCUUAAUUCAGAGAUCUAAGGAGACUCAAGAAGAAUUAAACCAAGCAAGAACGAGAGUUGAAAAGUGGAAUGUUGACCACUCAAAGAGCGAUCGAAUAACAAGAGAACUUCGAGCCCAAGUAGACGAUCUGACUGAAGCAGUGGCUGCCAAGGAUUCCCAGCUAGCUGUCCUGAAAGUGCGAUUGCAGGAAGCUGACCAGCUGCUGAGGACCCGCACGGAAGUGUUAGAAGCCUUACAGAGUGAGAAAUCACGGAUAAUGCAGGACCACACUGAAGGUAGUAGCCUUCAGAAUCAAGCGCUGCAGACUCUUCAAGACAGACUGCAUGAAGCAGAUGCCACGCUGAAGAGGGAGCAGGAGAACUAUAAGCAAAUGCAGAGUGAGUUUGCUGCGCGCCUCAAUAAAAUGGAAGUGGAGCGUCAGAAUUUGGCAGAAACGGUUACUCUGGCGGAAAGGAAGUACUCUGAUGAGAAGAAGAGAGUCGAGGACCUACAGCAGCAAGUUAAGAUGCUCAAGUCCACCCUGGAGUCUUCUAAGCAGGAGUUAGUGGACUACAAGCAAAAAGCUUCUAGAAUACUCCAAUCUAAAGAAAAACUGAUUAACAGCUUAAAAGAAGGGUCUGCUUUUGAAGGUCUAGAUAGCAGUACUGCCAGCAGCAUGGAGCUGGAAGAACUUCGGCAUGAGAGGGAGAUGCAGAGGGAGGAGGUGCAGAAGCUGAUGGUCCAGAUCCACCAGCUGCGAUCAGAACUCCAGGAUGUGGAGGCUCAGCAGGUUAAUGAAGCAGAAUCGGCAAGGGAGCAGUUACAAGAACUACAAGACCAGCUAGCACAACAAAAAGCAUCGAAACAAGAGCUAGAGGCAGAACUGGACCGACAAAAGCAGGAAUUCCAUUAUGUAGAAGAAGAGCUGUAUCAGACAAAGAACACAGUGCAAAGCAGGAUUAAAGAUAGAGAAGAAGAGAUUCAAAGACUCAGGAAUCAGCUUACCAAUAAAACUCUGAGUAACAGCAGCCAGUCCGAGUUAGAAAAUCGGCUCCACCAGCUAACAGAGACCCUCAUCCAGAAGCAGACCAUGCUGGAGAAUCUCAGCACAGAAAAGAACUCUCUGGUCUUUCAGCUGGAGCGCCUAGAGCAGCUGAUGACUGCUACCUCAGGAAGUAGCAGCAACGGCUCGUCCAUUAACAUGCCUGGAAUUGACAAUGGCGAAGGCACACGUCUACGAAAUGUUCCCGUUCUUUUCAAUGACAUGGAAACUAAUUUGGCAGGGAUGUAUGGGAAAGUCCGAAAAGCUGCUAGUUGCAUUGACCAAUUCAGCAUCCGCCUGGGAAUUUUUCUCCGACGAUACCCCAUAGCUCGGCUUUUUGUAAUUAUAUAUAUGGCUUUGCUGCACCUCUGGGUCAUGAUUGUUCUGCUGACAUACACACCGGAGAUGCACCAUGAUCAGCCAUACAGCAAAUGA